UGAGGUUUCCCUCACCUUAUCAAUUUUCAGGAGAUUGACUACACAAUGGAAGCUGCGAAUGCAGAGAAAUUUGCAGAUAACUUCAAAGACAUGGAUUAUGUCAAAGUGCCAACAAUAUAUUGGGAAUACACGACUCCACAGGUUCUGACAAUGGAAUAUGUCCCUGGGAUCAAAAUAAACCGCAUACAAGCUUUAGAUCAGUUGGGUGUGGAUCGCCAGAGGUUGGGCCGUUAUGCUGUUGAAUCUUACCUGGAGCAGAUUCUAUCACAUGGCUUUUUCCAUGCUGAUCCACAUCCUGGAAAUAUUGCUGUGGAUGAAGUUAAUGGUGGAAGAUUGAUCUUUUAUGACUUUGGAAUGAUGGGAAGUAUAAGUUCUAACAUUCGAGAAGGUUUGCUAGAAACAUUUUAUGGAGUCUAUGAGAAGGAUGCGGAUAAGGUCCUUCAAGCUAUGGUUCAGAUGGGUGUUCUGGUUCCUACAGGAGACAUGACAGCUGUCCGACGAACUGCACAAUUUUUCCUUAACAGGUUCUUCUUGGAUCAACAACUGACAUUUCCUUUCAGCUUCAAUGUUCAUUUCUUCUUUUGCAAAUUCGUUAUAUGCUAAUUUUAUCGAUUCCAACUUUCAAAUAAUUAGGGACUAAGAAUUGACAGCACAUAAAAUUAAGAAUAUCAUCUGUUCUCAUGCGUUUUGAUACAAUUAGUGGACAAAGAAUGAAAGUAGGUCAUGUAACGCCCCAAAAUUUAUUUCAUUUAUUUUAUUUUA